AGGAAGUGCCGUUAAAUACCAGGAAGUUGUAAACAAAGCUGACAGCUAUUUAGUUAGCUGUUAACGAUAUCCGAAUGGAUGCAGCGCCAGUUGUAUAAAACAGGCUAGUUAUUCAUCGAUAUCGUGGAUUUAUCAAUAAUAUAGCAAGCCAUUUUCUUUUAUAUAACGUUAGAGUUUGUUUCGCGGAAAUAUACAUUUUCCGUGCGUUUGUUCAACAAGCUAACGUUAGCUGCCUUCCGUUUUCUCGUUAGGAAAAGGCUAACGUUUGUACAAGGACGUUAGAGCUAGCGUUAACGCUUGCGAACUUACGUCAGAUCGAAUAUUAUUACUACGAAUUGAACGGACAGUGAGCAACAUCAGUACCCAAAUCUUGUUUUUCUGCUGCAUUUGCUGUCUGGGGGCAGAAAGAGCGAGAGUACGUCCAUUUUAGUAGGACAACAAUGUCUACAUCCAACGCUAAUUUCAAAAACAAGUGUGUGACCCAGGUGAACUGCAUAUUUUGUGACAGUGUGCUUUGCACGAGAGGCAUGAAAGCAGUGCUUCUUGCAGACACUGAGGUCGAGCUUUUUUCGACUGAUAUACCUCCCAAUAGAACUGUUGACUUUGUGGCCAGCUGCUACUCUACUGAAAGCUGCAAAUGCAAACUGAGAGACAUCGCAUGUCUCCAGUGUGGUAAUGUUGUGGGCUAUCAUGUUGUGGCCCCCUGUAAACCCUGCCUGCUUUCUUGUAACAACGGCCACUUCUGGAUGUUCAAUAGCGAUGCUGUAUCUACUCUCAACAGACUGGAUGCGACAGGUCUGAAUCUGCUUCUGUGGGGAGAUCUUCCUGAGCUGGAUGACAGUGAGAACGAAGAAUCAGUAAGCCCAUCAGAGGAGGAGUGUAUUAGGUAGAGAGGGAAACGGACAAUGUGAGAGACCUGGAACACCAACAUUUGAGAGGUGGAGCUAGAAGAGUGUACAAACCAUGCUUGAGAUAAGAGAGAAAAGAGAAGCCUUAAAGGGUAAUUUAAUACAGAAUCAAAUAGGGCAGAAAAGUGCUGCUGUACUGCUCUGCAUGGGUUGAAAACUUGGUGCACAUCUGGCCACACCAGUCAGUGAUGUAACAGCAGGUGUUUUGCCUUUGAAAGCUGAUGGAGAACACCUGCUGUGACAUCACUUAUAGGGGUGUGGCCAGAAACACAACAUGCUCCAAAGUUUGAACCCACAGAGAACAGUGCAGCAAAAGUAUUUGGCCAUAUGUAAUUUAGUGUUGAAUUACCCUUUUAACCUGUGACCAUGCCUUUCCCCAUCACUUUUCACUGUUAAAAGCACAGACACACACACUGUCACACACAUUCUUUUCUCUCUUUUUCUCUUUUUUUUUUGUACAUUUGUGAUAUUAUAAAACAUGUGGCUGAAGUAGACUGAAAAUAACAGACAACUAGACUCCUUAAUCUAGUGCACUCUACUUUUCCUCACAGAGUCUCCACUGAGCUCAUGGUUUUGACCAGCCUCGUGAGAAGUUUGGGGUGUGGUUUAAGUCAGUGGAACUUAAUGCUGUGCUUUUUCAUGCUGUUUAUGCAGAGUCCAAUUUUCUGAUGAGAUGACCACAGUUCGCCUACCUUAUUUUUAAUGGCAGUUAUAUUCUGUACAUUGAAUAUGCUUUAAUAAGCAAACACUCCUAACAGUCAUGUCUUUAAGGCGUAUAUUCUCUGAGGCUGGGUGCUAACUGAAAGUUGGAGUGCUUUUUGAAUAGCAUGUGUUGGAGAAAUAGAACAAUCAUUGAAUGAUAUAUAUCUUUGAGUUUCUUGCUUUUUAAGGGCAUAUUUGAUUUAGGUUACCUUACGAUCUGACGUUCCAUCGGUGAUACAUUUUCAUAUGCUUUUUUUUUUUUUUUUUUUUUUUUUUUUUUUUUACACACCUGACAGCAGCAGUAUGUGUAACACCCAGAUGAAUCUGACUGUAGCAGUAUCUGAUACUAACAUACUAACUUAUGCAUAGGGUGUGCUUCCACAAAGGCCAGGAGCAGCUGAAUUUUAAAGUUCAGUGUUUAGGAGCUCAAAUCAAGUAAGAAAUUCCCAGAUUGAUGAUAUAGAAAAGACAGAAUGGGAACUAACAAGGUGCACUUUUGCAGCACUUCAUAACUUAGUGUGGAUCAUUAAGCAAAAUUCUGAAAAUAUGACGUUUAAAUGGAUUUCUGUGUCCAUGCUCUGUUUUUGUUACAUUACUGUUCAGUUUUAUGUAGCAGCAUAAUUGUAGCACCCGAAGAGAAGGAAAAAGUCAACUCCAAAGAAUCAUGGAACAUAUCAGCAUUGAACUUAUGGACUGGCUACCCCUCUUAAAAAAACAAAAACAAAAAAAAAAACAGUCCCGUCAUUUUAAAUAGCAUUUCACAUUUUUAAGUAAUCUGUUGUGAAGUUGAGCUUAAGUCAGUGGAGCUGACCAUACAACUCUUAACCCUCAGUAUUCUGUUGGCCUUACUGAUGCUGUGAUUGCUGACAAUGACUCUUUUGUUAAGCUGUGGACUCGGGGGUUGAUACUGUAUGUUAGUUGGUCAUCGCCAACUGACCAAGCCUUCUCCUCAGCCUGUUGUGCCAGAGACAAGCUUCAAUAUCCUCCAGUCACAAGGGACUUAACUCAAGUCAGUCCUUUUUUGGCAGUGCCAUCAUUCUGCUCUUGUUAUUGUUUCACUGCUGUGCCCUGCUGAUACUAUGAUCCUGUCUUAAAGUUUUUUUUUUUCUGUGAGUGACUGAGAUUUGCCUGUAGUGUCGGCAAACAUAGAAUGUCACCUCUUACCUAAAGGAAAAGGAUAAAGUAAGUAGGUGUUUCUAACUUUAAUUGACCUCUGUGUUUAUUUAUGCUAUAGCCUUUAGCUGUGGAGAAAUACACAUUAGAGGAGGAAAACUUGGUCCAGAUUUUCACAUCCUUCACCUCAAAGUUAUAACUGACAGUCUGCUACACUUGCACACCAAAUACUGUCUAUGUGGUAAACUGAUAGGAAACAGUGCAUCAGAUAGGUAUUUAUUAAAUCCACAAACCAAAUAUCUAUAACCACAAACUUCCUUUUUGUUUACAAGCUUACAAAUGUAAAUGCAUUCAUUUACAAAUGCAUUGGUUUGUAUCGUGCUAUAGUACUUAUGUUUUUGUUCAUGUAUUUAAUAUUUCAUUUGUGGUGUAGUGUUUUGUUUUGUACGUUAAAAGUUGGAUAUGUACAGUUUUACCUCAAGAAGGUAUCACUUGCGAGCUUCCUCUGGCUAGGACAAUUGUCAAAUGAUAAUCAAAAAAAUUAUUUAAAUGGAUGUUUCUGACGUAAAUAACUUUGAUUAACAUACCCUGCUGAAAGAUGUAUAUUUUGGAAUUGCACUGAAACUGCAUUGGUAGUUUGAAAAGAUUAUUUGUUGUUUUGUAUGCUUGUUAAAUUAAUAAACUUUUUUUUUUUCAAAAUA